AUGAGCUCUUCCACCCAAGACACGCUGCCUCCGUGGGCUUUCACGGCGCUCGAAACAGCCAAGCAAGUGUCAGGUCGAAAGGUGGCACGACACAUUCGCAUCGAGCAGCCUUCUCAAUCCAUCAAGGGAAUCUACUGCAUCUCUCCACUCGUAGCCGAUCUUCAUCCUCCCAUUUACGAUCGUCCAUGCGAUACGCAGUUGGAAAAUUGUUCCAGUUCCGCCUGGUUCGAAGGGAGAGGCAGUCCUGUCAACGUGACGGUGGUGGUUCAGGGAGAUGGAGAUGAGGAGGCGCAUGCUAAAGUCAAGGAAGCGGCGCAGAAUGAGAAUUUGGAACAAUUGACUUUGCAGAGCGAGAAGGUCGUCGGUCAGCGCAAGGUUGGUGGAGCGACGGAGAAGAGGAGACCGGUGGGCAUACAUGCUAAGAGCUACAUGGGCAGCGUCAGAGUGGCCAUUCCGCAAUACACGCUCUCGACGCCGCUGACGAUCCGUCUCAAGUCCAAAUCGGGAGAUGUGCACCUCUUCCUUCCGCCAUCCUUUUCUGGUAUGCUCAGCUGGUCAACAGAGACAGGCAAACUCAAACUGUCCAAAGCUAUUCAAGAGCGGUACGAAGAAUUAGGAGAGAAGCACAAGCAUCGAGGAGUUGGACGAUUAAAAUCUGCAGGAUGGACAAAGGUCAAGAACAACCAUCAGCAACCACCUCGACCCCAAUCUGCUAGCGGCUCAGCUCCGGCCAGCAACAGGAGCUCGAUGCACUUGGGACCGCACGAGGUUGCUUCGAAAGCGGAAGCUGUAGAGGGAAUCAGAGGCACGCGAGGAGAUAGCGCCGAAUUGAUCACUGCACGCGGCGACAUUCACAUCUAUGAGGCCGGCGAGGCUACGAACUCGACGAAUUGCAUCAUCUGCUAA